GCUUUAUAUUUUUAACGUGUGUAAUUAUAUUUAAGAUCAAGCCUGAUUUUCUUCUUUGAAAAUGGAUUUGGUAUCUAAGGGUUGCAGUGGAUGACAUUUUAAUAUUAAUAUGUUUGCUGCUGCUACCAAGAGCUUUGUGAAGCAAGUUGGAGAUGGAGGGAGAUUAGUUCCUGUUCCAAGCCUCAGCGAGGCUGACAAAUACCAACCUCUAAGCCUGGUGGUAAAAAAGAAGCGAUGCUUUCUGUUUCCUAGAUACAAAUUUACCUCAACGCCUUUCACACUGAAAGAUAUCCUUCUGGGAGACAGAGAAAUUUCAGCUGGUAUUUCAUCUUAUCAAUUGCUGAAUUAUGAAGAUGAAUCAGAUGUUUCACUUUAUGGAAGGCGAGGCAACCAUAUUGUAAAUGAUGUUGGGAUAAAUGUCACUGGAUCUGAUUCCAUUGCAGUAAAAGCUUCAUUUGGUGUUGUAACCAAACAUGAAGUGGAAGUAUCAACAUUACUCAAGGAAAUUACUACACGAAAAAUUAACUUUGAUCACAGCUUGAUACGUCAAUCGAGGAGCAGCAGAAAGGCUGUGCUGUGCGUGGUUAUGGAAAGCAUUCGAACUUCCAGACAGUGCUCUCUGUCUGUGCAUGCUGGGAUUCGAGGGGAAGCAAUGCGGUUUCAUUUUAUGGAUGAACAGAAUCCCAAGGGAAGGGAAAAAGCAAUUGUAUUUCCAGCACAUACAACCAUAGCUUUCAGUGUUUUUGAACUCUUCAUUUACCUGGAUGGUGCCUUUGACCUUUGUGUCACUUCAGUGUCAAAAGGAGGAUUUGAAAGGGAAGAUACGGCAACAUUUGCACUGCUCUACAGACUGAGAAAUAUACUAUUUGAAAGAAAUAGAAGAGUGAUGGAUGCCAUUUCUCGUUCACAGUUAUACUUGGAAGAUCUUUUUUCUGACUACUAUGACAAGCCUCUCAGCAUGACUGAUAUUUCACUAAAGGAGGGGACUCACAUCCGAGUCAACUUACUUAAUCACAACAUUCCAAAAGGGCCUUGCAUACUCUGUGGAAUGGGGAACUUAAAGAGGGAGACAGUCUAUGGGUGCUUUCAGUGUUCUGUGGAUGGACAGAAGUAUGUGAGACUUCACGCAGUCCCUUGUUUUGAUAUUUGGCACAAAAGAAUGAAAUAAAAAGCAACAUGAAUAUACUUUGUUGGUGUUUUAAGUUGAAUUUUGCCAUCAACCGUCCCUCAAUUUUCUAGGUUUGCUUUGAUGAAUUAAGAGAGAAUUAGAAAA